GAACUUUGUCCUUUAUCGUGACUCUGCGUUCACUCGGUAAAAUUCUAUUUUUUCACAAAGUGUAAAUCAACUUUUUUCUAAAAAUAGACUGAUGACGUCAGAUGUGGAUUUCCCAAACACAGCAUGGACGAAGAUCAGCAAGUUAAAAAACAGACAAGAAAGCCGCCGGUGAAUGAGGAAGACUUAUUGACUGUGCCUGAAGGAUGGAAAGAUCCGGGGAUCUCAAAAGAUGACAAUCCACAUGGGAUGAUGGCAGAGAGUUCUUUUGCAACCUUAUUCCCAAAAUAUAGAGAGAAAUAUCUACAAGAAUGUUGGCCCUUAGUGAAGAAAGCUCUAGCAGACCAUAAUCUGAAGGCAGAGUUAGAUCUUGUUGAAGGAUCAAUGACAGUGAGUACAUCCAGAAAGACGUGGGACCCCUAUAUUAUUAUAAAAGCUAGAGAUCUCAUAAAGCUGUUGGCUAGAAGUGUACCGUAUGAACAGGCAAUACGAGUGUUAGAGGACAAUGUUUUCUGUGAUAUCAUUAAAGUGGGAACUCUAGUCAGGAACCGGGAGAGAUUCGUUAAAAGGAGACAGCGGUUAAUAGGACCAAAUGGUUCUACUUUAAAGGCAAUAGAGUUACUGACAAAUUGUUAUGUCCUCGUUCAAGGGAACACUGUGUCUACUCUUGGCCCAUACAGAGGUAUUAAAGAGGUUAGAAGAAUUGUGAUAGACACUAUGAAAAAUGUUCAUCCUAUUUAUAACAUUAAAACAUUGAUGAUAAAAAGAGAACUAGCAAAAGAUCCACAGUUAAAAAAUGAAAACUGGGACAGAUUUCUACCGAAAUUUAAAUCCAAGAAUAUCAGUAAACGAAAACAACCGAAGAAGAAGAGAGACAAGAGAGUAUACACACCCUUUCCACCUCCACAACCAGAGAGCAAGGUGGACAAGGAGCUUGAAACAGGGGAAUAUUUCCUCAAGGAGAAUGAAAGAAAAGCCAAGAAGACUGCAGAGAAAAGGGAGAAAGAGAAAGAGGCUGUAGAGAAACGUAAGAAACAGAGAGCCCAGUCUUUUGUACCACCAGAGGAGAAAACAGUGGUUGCUAAGAAACAGAAAACAGAAGAUACAUCUGUUGAUGUGGAGAGUCUAAAGAAAAAGAUUAAAAAGGCACAGAAAAGAAAAUCUGCUGGUGGUGAUAAAACAUGAUCCGAUAUGACAAAGAAUUUAAAAUUGAGCCGUGUCAUGGGAAAACCAACAUAGUGGCUUUGCGACCAGCAUGGAUCCAGACCAGCCUGCGCAUCCGCGCAGUCUGGUCAGGAUCCAUGCUG